AAAAAAAGAGAAAAAAAAAGAAAAGAAAAAAAAAGAGAGAGGAUAUUUAAGCAUGGAACACAAGUUCUUGUAUUGCUCAUACUAUAUAUAAACUAUGGCCAAUUUUUAGCCACUGAUGAUGCAGUGAUGAUGAAGUGCAAAAGCAUAUGUUUUUGCUUCCGGGCGAGAGCAGACAAGCACGAAGAGGAAUCGGAGAGUUCUUCUCAUAAAAGAUCUAAUCGGAGUGGCAGAAACAGGGCAGUUUCAGGGGCUGCUACUGAGCCAGGUCAGGAUCAUGGUGGAUCUAACACGACCAGCAGCUUUGAUGCUGGGGGCGCUGCCAUGGCUGCUGCAGUGGUGACUGCUACUGCGGUUAGUGUUUCUGCUAUGGAAGGGAGUGGUUGCGGCAGUUCUCAUGGCGGCGGUGGCGGUGGGGAUGGUUGCUGAUCUGUAUAUGCUGCAGUUCAAAGUUUGUUGGCAGUAUUUAAUUUCCCCUUGUUCUGCUUGUUUUUUCAUUAUCCGUCUCAUUUUUCUUGUAUCAAGAGUGAGAAUCAUGUGUAUUUGAAUUUGGAUUUGAGUUCUUUUUUUUCCCCUUUUGUUGUAUUUGGGAAAGACAAGGACAAUUGUACUUCAAGUUUAAUAUUGGCGAGUGAAAAAUUUUUCCAU